AUGUCAUCAAGGCUAAUUAUCCUUCCAAAGAAGUCGUAUUGUCCAUGGAGCGAGGAGAAUGUUCAAAAAGUAUUGAGAGAUGAAGAGAAACAUGCGCGUGAAGUGAAAGCAUCAUCAGCCAAUAAUAAUAAUGACCAAACAAAGACACAAAAUCACAACAAGCAUCAAGAUGAUGAUGAGAAAGACGAUACCAAGAACCUAGCACCCAGUGGGAAUUUUAGUCUAUUUGCCAAAGAGGAAAAACAAGCGCAUAUUGAACAAGAGAAACAAAUAAUGAGCGAGAAGGAUACCACCAGACGACGGAAUCAUCGUCAUCAGCCACAGCAUAAUUAUUUACGGCCGUUUGAUCGAUCCACAAGUGCUGCCAUGGAUUCUGCUGUUGGACUCAACUCUCGAAAAUACAAGCACUCACGAAAGGAUGCGGCGCUAAAGAAUAGAUUGGAUCCAAUGGGUGGAUUCUGUAUCAGUGAUAAAGAAAUCAAGAGUGACAACAAACGAGUUGACGUUGACGAUGAUCAUCAACCAAUCGACAGAAAACAUUCAAGAUCAUCUGAACGUAGAAGAGACCGAAACCAAAGUCAUAGGAGAAAAAGCAGACGACCGUCUUCCUCGUCAUCCUCUGAGGAUUCUUCAUCUUGCUCAUCAUCGAAAAAGAGACGGCGAAAUAAGAGGCGACGGGAAUAUUCAAGGUCCAGAGAAAGUGGGAGUAAGUCAUCAUCGUCCUCAUCAACAGCUUCUCAUGUCGACGACUCGUCCCAGGACAGACGAAAACGUCGACGUAAAAGGCGCAGUACAAAGCCACGGAGCGAUCGGAGACGUAAAAAAAGCAGGCGAGCCAACGAUGGUGAUGGUGAUGAUGAUGCUAGAAGCAAAACAAUGUCAAAAGAAGAAAAGGCCAAACGUGAGCUACUGAUGCGUUGUGCCCAGCGGGAAGAGGAGGAACGAUGGAGGCAAAGAAAUCUUCGGCGGUAA